UUCACAGCGCGUGCGUGCCUUCGCUGUUUUUAUCCACCUGACGAACAUGGCCGCUGAUGAUUGAAGGAUWCCUCGGAUCUCUUGUGAUUUCUUAACUUGAGCAAUAAACAUGCGCCAUUUGACGAUUUCAUUAUAUAAUAUGUGAAUGAACAUCUUUAUGAAGCGAUAAAUUGGGAAGUAGCACUCUAAACCAUGCUGAAGUGGUUUUCCAAUGAAGAGGGCGGGCCUGGCCAGGGAGCGCUCGGCUCCCCCCAGGGUGGUGGUGGUGCUGGAGGAGGAGAAGGAGGCCAGGCAGCCCUGGUGGAGGUGGCGGAGCAGCUGGCCCAGACAGAGCAGCUGGUGGCCCAGCUGAAGGAGCUGAUCCGUGAGAAGGAUGGCUCGCUGCGCACAAAGGACGAGCAGCUCAAGGCAGAGAAGGAGGCGUGCGAGGCCAAGCUGUCCAAGAUGCGUCUCCAGAACAAAGCCAAGGUCACCUCCCUCAGCGCCCAGCUGGAGGAGCUGAAGAAAGGAGCUGCUGCCGGGGGUGGAGCUGGGGGCCAGGGGACUCCCACCCACAGUAAGAAGGGAGGUGCAGAGGGAAGCGAGCAGGCCAGCCGCGGGAAGAUCCUCCUCCUUAGGAAGAAGGUGGAGGAGCUGGAGCAUCAGCUGUCACAGAGAGAUGAGGAACUGGAAGUCAAGGUACUACCUACAUCCUCACCAAAAUCUAAUCUAUUCCCUUUUAGAAUGCAUUUUGAGGCAGGAAAAUGUGAAGGAAGUUCAAAGGGGUGUAAACUUUCUAUAGGCACUGUAUAUGCAUUCCUAUGAGCAUUCAUACUAGCUUUAUAAUGUCUUAUGAAACUUGGUUUGGUUUAGGGAAUGUACACAUUUGCAGUUUAAAGCUUAGUUGCUAUAUACGGUGCAUUUGGAAAGUAUUCAGACCCCUAG